AUGAUGCAAUCUUUUCUCGCGAUGGCCAACGCCGAGCGCAUCGAGAACAAAAUCGUGAUGACCUGGGUGAGGCAGAUCCGCGAGCUAGCCUACGAUGUGGAGGACUGCAUCGAGUUCGUCGUCCACCUCGACAAGAAGGCUAGCUGGUGGUUCCGCCUUAUCCCGUCGUGCAUUGCGCCGGCGCUGCCGCUGGAUGAGGCGGUUCACGAGAUUGAGCAGCUCAAGGCUAGGGUGAUCGACGUGAGCACCCGGAACACACGCUAUUGUUUGAUCAGCGACACAGGGUCCAAGCCCGCCCUCGUGCAGCAGAAUCAGUGGGCGGUGCCCGGGACGGCGGUGCCCGGGACGGCGGCACUCGGCAUGCUCAUCGGGGGUGUUGGGACAAGGCAGAAGCAAGGGGAUCUCACCCAGCUGAUCACCAGCCACAUGACCGGAGUGAUCUCCGUGUUGGGUACAAGUGGGGAUCUUGGUGUUACCUCUAUCAUCUGGAAGGCAUACAAUGACAAAGGAAUCCGCCAGAAAUUUUCCUGCCGUGCAUGGGUGAAGCUGAUGCAUCCUUUCAAUCCCCACGAGUUUGUCCGGUGCAUGACGGAUCAGUUCUAUGCGAACGGGCGCGAACAAAAAGAAGGAGAAAUCAUUGGUGUUGAUGUCCUCACAAGGACGUCGGAGUCGACCACCCAUGGCGAGCACUACCUCAAUGAGUUUGUGCAGCAAGUCAAUACCAAAAGGUCCCUCGUCGUCUUGGAUGCUAUCAGCAAGUUUUUCCUAGAAAGAAGGAAUGGUAGCUGCAUCAUCGUCUCCACGCAGCAACCCGAAGUAGCAAGCUUGUCCGUCGGACACCCAUUCCAAGUAUGGGAGCUGCACAGUUCUCUGAAGACCAGUCGGUGUAUGCCUUCAACAAAGAGGUAA